AUGUCUUUCAGUCCCAACAAUAGUACCUAUUAUGACACAAUCCGCCAUUAUUGGAGGCCGUUUUCUCCAUUACAAUGUAUCCCAUGGUUAGCUGUAUUAGGCGCUGAAUGUCUGACCACUGUCAUUCUCAAUGUCAUCAUCAUCAUUGCAUUUGUAAAGCAGCGCCAGCUUCAGCGCCAGAGUAAAUACUUGAUCAUCCACCAGGCCAUAGUAGAUCUCUUGGUUGGGUUGGUGUUCGGGCCUCUGAUGAUUGAAGUGAUCGGAAGCAUCUGUAUUCUUUGGGGGUACCAUAGACCAAAUAUAACUUGGUUAUAUUUGGUAGAAAAUGUUUUAGGUUUACAAGUCUAUCAAGUUUCCCUUCUUAACCUCGCUGUCAUUUCAUUAGAACGAGUACACGCUACUGUUCGUCCUUUCAAGCAUCGAUUCCUUAAGAAAUGGGUUUAUGGAGUGAUUAUAACAGUCAUUUGGUUGGUGCCUGCCAUCAUGAACUCGAUAUUAUCAGGAAUAGUGCCCUCUACUUUUUUCGGCACUUAUUAUGAGCUUAUCGUUUUUGCAUUUUAUUUUACCCUACUUUUGGUCGUCGUUAUAUGUUAUACUUCUAUCUGUCUCAGAGUCCGUUGCAACCGUCAUCCUCGACAACAUGGUGCAGCCGGUGUGAGGGAAAAAAAACUGACGGGUACUUUAUUUCUUGUCACUUUUGGAUCGUUGAUAACGUUCCUGCCGGAGAUGGUGUUCUGGGGUUUUUGGGCUUCCAGUCCCGAGCUUGAUUUCAGCUUUUACAAUCCGAUAUCAUUUAAUUUUUUUAUUAUAACGAAAACAUUUGUAAUGGCCAACUCGUUGAUAAAUCCCAUAAUCUACGCCAUAAGGAUGCCUGAGGUUAGAACAGGCAUAUUAGUUCUUUAA